AUGAUGUACCUGGAGGAACGCCGCUUAGUGCAUAGAGACCUUGCAGCCCGGAAUGUGUUGGUCAAAUCUCCUAACCAUGUAAAGAUCACAGACUUUGGACUGGCCCGCCUUCUAGAGGGAGAUGAAAAGGAAUACAAUGCAGAUGGGGGAAAGGUAAGCAAUAUACUAUAUAUACACUAUAAUAUUAAAUAA